CUGGUCAAGAGUCAAAGUCAGCGAUUAGAUGAGCAACGGGUGACGCUUAACUCAUUGCCAGGGAUGGAGGCAUUCAUGAUCAAAGAUCCUAAAGAUGGAAAUGUAUUGAAGACAAACUUUGAUCAGUUCUGUAGCAUGGUCAGCAGAGCUCAUAGCUUCAGGAAACGCAAUCCUCCAAAAAUGAGCCUGACCCCUGGGGCCCAGGACUCUAUGAGAAGAUCAAGCUUCAGUCCUCGUGCUACUGCUGAACCGGACACUUAUAACACACUCACAACCAGAUCAGCCUCGUUCAGCCCUAUAUCAGACAAGGACAGAAUGGACUGUGAAAGUCUUCAACGUGAGCAGGACCAGCUGUUGUGUCUAGUUAGUCAAGCACAAAAUGGACGUAUGGAUGAACAACGCUGCUCGAUUAACCCUUUAUCACGCAGACAUAUGGAGAACAGCCAGUCAGAUCAAGAUGUUGAGAAGUUUUUUAAACUCAUUGCUAACACCCAAAAUCGGCAGUUAGAUGACCAGCGGGCGACGCUUAACCGGUUACCAGAGAUCAAAUCGCCUCCUAGUAUGACUGCUCAGGAUUCAGAUCAGCUCUUCAGCAUGAUCUCCAGAAUACAGGGCUCUCGGAUAGAUGAUCAGCGCUGCUCUGCUCCCAAAAUCCACCUGGGGUCUCCCACCCCCCCAAAGAAGUCUCCUUCUCACCCUGUAUCACCGACUAACCGUCCAUCCCAAUCAGGCUCACCCACUAAAUCAUCCCGGAGAUCAGGAACAUUCAGUCCUGACUCUGAGUGGAAGAUCCUGAGCAGUUUUUCAAACUGGUGUCCGGCUUUCAGAGCGGACGGCUGGAUGACCAACGCGUGA